AUGGCACCUGAUCUAGCAUCUGUCCCGCGGUCGGGGUCCCCCGACAGCUCUGGCCGCGACUCGCCUAUUCCCAAGCAAUGGAGGGCGCAGCUGAGCGGCAGAGAGGAACGCCUGCUCAAGGACAAAGCAUUUCGCCGGUACGCUGCCGCCGUCGACAAGGCCUUGGCGCUGUUCGAGACAGCCCUCGAAGAAUGGGCCGACUACAUAUCCUUCCUUAACAGACUGCUCAAGGCCCUCCAAUCCCGACCCUCCGACAUUACCGUCAUACCGACCCGAGCAACCGUCGCGAAGCGCCUAUCGCAAUGCCUGAACCCUUCGCUGCCGUCCGGCGUACACCAAAAGGCCCUGGAAAUAUACAGCUACGUGUUCGAGACGAUCGGAACAGACGGGCUGUCUAGGGACCUUCCCCUGUACCUCCCCGGCCUCGCAUCGGUCUUGUCGUUCGCCUCCCUCUCGGUCCGCUCUCCGUACCUGGACCUGUUGGAAAAAUACUUCCUCAAGCUCGACCCACGCGCUCUCAGACCGGGCAUGAAGUCCAUAAUUCUGGCCCUGAUCCCGGGUCUGGAAGAUGAGUCAGCCGAGGACUUUGAUCGAACUUUGAGGCUGGUUACGAGCUUCAAGGAGACGAUCCGGACCUCUGACAGCGAGCUCCUCACAGAGGAACACGCCACCGGCGACGACUAUUUCUGGCAAUGCUUCUUCCUCGCCUCUAUCACCAGCCCUGGACGCCGACCCGGAGCUCUGGCAUAUCUGGUCAGGUGCUUGCCUCCUCAGGCUGCAGCCGCACCGGCAGGUGGCGGCAAAGCUGCCGCGAACCAACCGAGCGAGAGGGUCUCGGCAGUCGUGACCUCGCCGGAGCCUGGACUUCUGAUCCGCUGCUUCGCUAGUGGUCUGUCCGACGAGCAGUUGCUGAACCAGAGAGGUUUCCUGGACCUUCUGGUAACGCACCUGCCUCUCAGCUCAGACGUGCUGCAGUCGAGGGUCAAGCCCGAGGACCUCCAGUUACUCAUGAAAGCGGCCGUCGGCGUCGUCAUCCGCCGUGACAUGAGUCUGAACCGUCGACUUUGGGCCUGGUUCCUAGGUCCCGAACCUGCUGCCGGCGACCAGGACGCCGGGUCCGAGUCGCCCAGAGAAUCCGCCGACCAACAGAGCUCAUAUGUGACGGCACGGACGAGCUACUUCGAGGAGUACGGACUGCAGCCCCUGACCGCGGCACUUCUGUCCAUGAUCAAGGCCAGCGACAACAAGAAUGCUGCCGAACGGGCCCGGCCGUACCGCAUCUGCCUUUCCCUCAUGGAUCGAUGGGAGAUUGGCGGGCUCGUGAUUCCUGAAGUCUUCCUCCCCGUUGUGGAGAACGUACGAAGCUUCAGGAGACAGGCAUCGUCUAAGGCCGAGUUUGCAGAAGUCCUUCGCAGUGCCAGCGUCUUCUUUGAUGGCAUCGAGAGUGGCCUGAUCUAUGGCGAGCUCGUCGCCCAGCUAGCACAGGCCAUUGGCCCUGGUAACCUGAGUAUCGAGGAGAGGAAGGACAAGCUGUCCCUGGUUCAGUUUGUCCUUGCCAAUUUCAACGUUCGUGAGGAGGAGAUGGUAACAACCCACGCACCCCUGUCAUGCCUGGCUGCCCUCUCGAUGCUUGAGGACCUGGGGGCUCGCCGGGCGACACAGCCCAUGCCCGAGCCCUGGGUCUCGGCUAUUUCUAGACCGGCGUUUGAGGUUGCCAUAUCCUUCCUUGAGCUUGUCCCCCCGCGUGCUUUCCCUAACGCGCCGUCGACGCCGAGCCAGAAGAGGAGAUCUCAACGAGCCGAUUUGAUCUCCAACAAGGACAUACUCAAGAAGAUUCAAGAUUUCUAUGUAAACGACCAGGGAAGCAUGGACACGACAGAUGCUCCCUUCCAGCCUCUCGAGAUGGGCGAGGUGAUACUCCAGAAGGCCGUUCAGUUCAUCCACACAGACACUCUCCAGGGCGACCUAUCGGCGCGCAUCCUCAUCCUCGCCUUGGUCAAGAUGCCCACUACAUACAGACUCGACGUGGAAAAGUUGAUGGGCUUCGUGCGUGGCCGCCUGGACGUGUCCAGCUCGCUACCAUUUCCCGAGUUCUCCUCCAUCGUACAGCUUGCCACCGAACUUCACGCUACGCAGAGGAUCCAAUCGACCGAGCUGUCUGAUCUGGCCACUCUGCUGGUGCGAAACGCUUGGUCCUACCUCUCUGCGCCAGAGCCCAAGUAUCAUGUCGAGACUGUCAGAUGCCUAUGGCAACUGCAGACGUCCCUGACCCUGUCGAGCCGUGAUAUCGAAGCCACACUCUCGAGCUUGCUGGUAGAGGGCCCGGAGUGUUCCGAUGGGCUCUGCUCGAUCGACAGCGUGCAUACGUUCGGGAUUCUCUGGUCCCUGACUCUGCAGGACAACCCAUCCGAUCGUCGCGGAUCCAGGGCCACCACGCUGGAGAACAGGGCUGCGUCUCGCCUCGCAGGGAUGGACCAUUUCGAAGUGAUGCUUACGAGACCUCUGUUCCUAGUGCUAGAUGCUCUCGUCGACGAAAGGACGCGACAGUACAUGACUGUCAAAUCAUGGCUGAUUAACAUGGUCGGCAUUGACAGGCUGUUCCUCGUUUUCGUGCACAAGCUUUCCGAGCUCGGGUUCCUGGCAGACCUGAAGGAAGGCCAGAACGAUGGCCACCAGGCCCCUAAGCCUGUCACGCUUACCGAGGAUGAUGACCUGGAUAUCUGCCUCUACUACCUGCGAGGUUUGUCCAAUGUCCUCCGCAUCGGCGGUGAUAUGGCAUGGAAUAUUCUCGCUUCAAAGCACGUCUCGUUCGCUGGCCGGAUCAUCCAGAUUAGCUCCGGCGGAGAGGAAGACGAGUUGACGCUCCAAGACUUCUUUAUCCGAGCCUGCGUGAGGUGCAUUACCGGAGACCCAGCCACGUCCGCAGACAUCGAGCUCGGGAAGAGGGUGUUUGCCCUGGUGAUUCUGCACCAGUUCUUCCUAAACCAGCCUGUGCCAGAUCAUAUGCCCAUUUCCAACCUGGAGACUGUCCUCCUCGGGAGGCUAUGGAAGUCGAUUGGCCAUACCGAUGCCCAUGUCCAAGUCUUGCUGCUCGACGUCGUCUACGACGUUCUCAAGAUCCGGGACACGACGGUCGCCGACGCACCGUCGGAGGUGCCGGCCGAGAAGCGUAAUCACAGCAUGGACCCAGCUCGGACAAGCCGGGUGUCACUAUCCAUGAGCGAUCCUCGACCCAUGUUCACGCCGCCUCCCCAAGAACUACUCAAGUGUCUGCUAGCAGCCCUGAGCUCCCCCAACAGCCGUCCGGUCUUGGACAGCUGGGUGGCCUUCCUGACCGACUGCCUCCCCUUCUACGCCGACGCCAUCUUCCAGGUCCUGAUUCCUCUAGUGGAGACAUUGUGCAGGCAGAUCGGCGCCACCUUUAUCAACCUGCGCAACACGUUCCAGGCCAGACCCCAGGAUGCCACCGUCGACUCAGCCUCGCCCGAGGCCACCCUGAUCCAUCUGCUAAACGGCCUGGAGCACGUCCUCGCUAGGGCGCACGACCAGCUCCUGGCCGAAGAAGCCAGGGCACAGCUGAUCAAGGCCCCCGACCACCCUCAGUCCCUCUUCGGCAGCAUGGUGUCGGGCGUCUUCCAGACCGACGGUCAGCAGGCGCGCAGCGCCACGGCCAACGAUAGGCUGACUGUCCACCUGGCAUUCCAGGAUGCGACACGCAUGUGCUACAGGAUCUGGUCGUGGGGACUGGGCGACGAGGCGCGACAGCAGGACGACGAGUCACUGGCCUCCUUCCACUACACGUCGCUGAGGAUGAGGAACCGCGCACGCCGGCUGCUCGAGCACCUCUUCACGGCGGAGAACCUCGAAUGUCUGGAGACAGCGAUUGACAUCUGGCGAAACACGGAGACCCCUCGAGCCAAGGCAGAGGUGUUCAAACUGCUUGGAGCUCUGGAGGCAUCCCGCCCGAGGCACUCGAUCCCGGCGCUGUUCAACUCGAUAUAUAGCCGGACGAACCCUGGGGCGCUGGAACCGUCGCGCAAGUCGACGAUGACGAUAUCGCUCGAGGACUACAACCUGGUCGUGUUCCUGGUCGAGUACACCAGGUCGCUGGAUGACGAUGCUAUGGAUGAGAUCUGGCAGGACUGCAUCGUCUUCCUGAAGGACCUGCUUAGCAACCCGUUCCCCCACAGGCAGAACCUGCAUAGCCUGCUGGAGUUUGCGGCGAUUCUGGGGGAGAAGGUGGAUAACACCAACUUUGGAGAACAGAAGAGGAUGCGCAGGGAGCUUGGGGAUCUCUUCCUGCGGCUCCUCGCCGCGCUGUUCACUACGCGUCCGAUAACGCUAGAGGCAGCCGGGGCGAACGGUACGCCGGGGACUGGCGAGCGGCAAGAAGACGUGGUGGCGAUACUGGCAUCCAUCGUGCCCAACCUGCACAAGGUGCUGGUCGAGCCGGACCGUGUGCUCUCGGCGGCGAGCACGAUCUCGACCAACGUGAUCGGGCCGACAAUACGCAGCAAGAACUUUCCGGAGACGGUCAGCCAGAGCACAAUGGCGCUGCUCCACGAGCUGUCGCGGCUGCCCAACAACCAGAAGACGUGGAAGAAGGACAUUGGCGAGGCCUUCAACGACCAGCGGUUCUUCGGCAUGGGGCUGGGGCUGGUCAAGGACGGAUGGGUGCCGCUGCUGCGUCAGUGGGCGCGGGCGGACAAGGAGAAGAUGGGGGAGCUGGUAUCGCGGAUCAACGCGCCGACGACGGCAGGGAUAGUGUUCGGGGUGGGGGCGACGUCGGCGCGGCUGGAGGCGGACCGCAAGACGCAGGUCAACCUGCGGCGCAUCGCCAGCCUGGUGGUGUCGUCGCCUGAGGACGCCUUCGUGACGGACCUGGGCACCAUCUUCCAGAAGCUGGUGGAGCUGCUGGGGGCCACGCCGACGUCUUCGCCGUCCUCGGCCACCAGGGCCGACGUGUACAUGGUCCUGCGGGCGCUGGUGCUCAAGACGAGCCCGAUACAGCUGGCCCUCAUCUGGCCCGAGGUCAACGCGGAGCUGCAGGAGGUGCUCUCGUCGGUGGUGCCGACGACGACGAGGACGACGACGACGUCAUCGUCAUCCUCAGCCUCGGCCUCGGACAGUGCGUAUAACAACGCCAGCGUCCUCCAGGCCUGCAAGCUCCUCGACGUGCUCGUGUGCGUGGCCCCCGACGACUUCCAGCUGCACGAGUGGCUCUUCGUCACCGACACCAUCGACGCCGUCUACCGCUACUCGAGCGCCCAGCCCGUUGCCCUGGUCGACGAGCUGUCCGAGGAGCUGGGCAACACCACAACCAUCUCCUCCUCGGCAGCUCAGUGGCUGACCUCGUCUACUUCCCUCCCCACCUCCAUCCCCACCGCCGCGAAGUCGGCCUCGGCGGCAGCAGCAGCGGUCGUCGACGACGACGACGGUCUCAGACGCCCGCUCCUAGGUCCCGGCGGCACCAUCAGCGCCGACGACGUCUCACUGGAACGCAAGGACGAGCUGCUGACCAAGGUGCUGAGGCCGUUCUUCGGCCAGCUGAGCAUCUCGGCGUUUGAAUCUACCUACUCUAUGGGUACGGUGGACAGGGAGGCAUGCCUGGACGGGUUGUUAAAGGACCUUUUUGAUGAGCGAAGCAUAGCGAGAGCACCAUGA